CGCAUGCGCCCAUAACUAUGGACUGAUACUCUCUUGCCCGAAAGGAAGAUGGCCGCAGCCUGAAGCUGCGAAAAAUCAGCUGAGGGGAAGCGACGGUUGGGGGGUAUUCCGCGACCUGCUUUUCUUCUCCUCAUGCGACACCGGGAUGCUCUGCUCGAGCGGCUUCUUCCGCGGCAUCGAAUGCCCCUACGGGCAGGCCUGCGGGAGGCCCUACUGCCACUUCAGGCACCCGCCCGGGGCCCAACACACCACCGAUGGCCCUAUACCGCCUCGACGCCUUUUGGCCCUGUCUGGUCCCGGCAGACGCCCCGCCACAGUCGGAGGGUGUGGUUAUGACCCCUACAACCCAGAACUUCCCAAACCCGUGGCACAAGACAGCAAUGGCACUUUGGAAAAUAUCGUCUCAUCAGCUUCUGGGAUUCUGGAGCUUGAGCUGUUUGACAAGGCAAUCGAAGCCGCCAAGAAUGAAGUUGAACGUGAGCAAAAGAAGUACGAAGAGCUGCUGGAGACAACUAAAGAGUACGGCUCCUCUGAACCCCCUUUACUUGCUUCUAAGGCUGCUGGAUUAACAACAUCCAACCCGUUCAGUUCUCUGGAGUAUAACCCAGGUGGUUACAAUGCAAACAGUGGUAAUGACUACAACCCUACUCCUCUUGCCGUGGUUGCUUCUAGUCAGUCCAGCAAAUAUACUUUGGACUCCUUCAACAACACGAAAUGCAAAGGCAGCUCACUGGAAUACGUUCCCACUGUGGUCACUCAGCCGAAGAAGUACAGCAGCUCUGCUGUCAACAGCAAAUACAUAAUCGACAACUCCAAGCCUUCAACAGAUUUAGAAUAUGAUCCUCUUUCAAAUUAUUCUGCCAGGCUGAUGAGCAAAGCUAAAGAACAGAAGGGGACCAAGCGGAAGAGGGAAGUUGAUUGUGAGGACGCAUAUUCUCCUUCAUUCAAGAAAUAUUGUGACGAAACUAGCAAUGAUGAGCCCAUUGCCCGGUUCUCUGACUCGGAGGAUGAAUGCCGUGAAGCUUCUGCCAUCCCCCUUAAAUCUAAAGGAGGCUCAGAAAGCAAAUUGGGCACAGCCAAAGAAAAGGGAGCCCCACCAAUAGAUACCAGUUCCCGGCAAAUGAAAGAGACUGCUGUGCAGUAUGACAUGGGGGACAUUGAGAGCCCGCAGGGAAACGCUGUCAAAGAUUUAGUGGAGAAAAAUGCCAAGUUGGUCAAAGCGCCUUCUAACCGAGAUGCGAAAGCCAAGGAAAAGAACAAAGUGGCCUCAAAGGAUAAGUUGAAAAAGAAAAAGGAGGAUGACCACAAGGGUAAGCAGGCGAAGAAAAAUCAAGUUAAAAUAGGAGACAAGGAGAAGACGGGUGUGAAGGCACAGCACAAAAAUGGGGAAAGGAGUAAGGAGAAACCAAGCAAGUCCCACGUUGAUAGGCAGGCACUGAAGCUCCAUAAGCCCAAAUCUGGGAUCACACCUGGAAUUAAGGAAGAGAACUCUGGCAAGAACAAAGAUGUUGGCAAAGCUGCUGCUACUGAAAAAUCAGGGACUAGUAGGAAAGAGAGCAAGUUCCAGCCUGUAGAGUUGAAAAGGAAGCCCCAAAUCCCUAGUGGAACUGAACAGAAUAAGAGAAAAGACAAGCAACCAGCCUUGAAAAGGUCCAAGGAAACCUUGACCAACUCCCAGGCCAAGGAGAAUUCGGAGGCCAAACGCAAGAUUAAACAGCGGUCCCUGAGCCACGUUGAUCUCUUUGGGGAUGAGAGUGGAGAGGAGGAGCUGGUGGGCCAGCCUCUUCUUCGGUUCCCUGAUGUGAGUUUGGACUCAGUCAGAGAGGAUGCUGGCUUCUCUUUGCCCUACGACAAUGGGAGGGCAAAUGUUAAGAAACGUAAGUUAUGCCAGGCUCCUCCUGCUUCCUCCUCCUCCUCCUCCUCCUCCUCUGAUGAUGAUGAGGUUGAUUAUUCUCACCUAGAGAAUGAUUUGGACUUUGAGUCUGACCCAAUGGAAGAGUGCCUUCGGAUUUUUAAUGAAUCCACUGAUGUCAAAACAGAAGACAAAGGCAGAAUGGGAAAACAGAUGUCAAAAGAGGAAGGGAGUGAAGAAAAGUUGACAGAAGAUAGUUUAACCACACUCUUUCCUGGACAAAAAAAGAGGAUUUCUCACGUAACAAAGCAAGGGCAU